GGCAAAAGCUCACGUUCGCCCUCGAGUGCAGCAGCAACGCAAGCCGAGCCUUCGUUGAUGGCUGCUGCGAUACGAGUGCUUGUGUUGAUCUCGCAUGAAUAAUGAUGCAAGUCAAGACCUGUCGCCUUCGGCUUCGGGAUCCCAGCUCUGCCGAACACGGGAGGCGGACGCGAGUGGAGCGGGCAAGCCACAGCGUGGCGUCCGUCCGCCACUGCUCACGUAAUCCAACACCAAGUUUUCCUCCGCUGGGACUCCACGAUCCGCCGCCGCCGUCGCGUUCAAACCCGGUCGCCGAUUAGUCCCCGCCGAAGCUGCGAUCAGCCUGUCCGCGCAAUCAUGGCUUCUCUGCAGCGUGCCCUCCCGCCGCCGACGAUCGACCUGCUUUUGAACUUGAUCGAUACCCGGCCGAAUUCAGUCCUCACCUCGCUCUCCCAGCACCCUCAGCUCGCCGCAGCUUCCGAUGCGCACGGCUACUCGCUCGUCCACGCCGCCGCGUCCUACAAUCAACUCGAGGUUCUCCGCGAGCUCAUCCAAAAGUACAAGGUGAACGUGAACAUGCUGGACGAGGACGGCGAGACCCCGCUGUUUGCGGCGGAGAAUGCAGAAGUAGCGAGAUGCUUGGUUGAAGAGCUGGGUGUAGACUGGGGGAUUAGGAAUGCUGACGGGAAGACCGCUGAAGAGAAGAUUGCGGAAGAAGAGGGUGAGGCCCAUGCGGUGGGUCAAUAUCUCAAAAGUGUGCGGACGGGCGGGCAGGUAGCGAGCAGCGCAGCCGUAGAGGUCGAGGGUGUCCAUCCGCCCCCACCGUUGCCCGAUGGCGUGAAGGUCAAUGUUGGUACCAUGGCGGAGGAUGACGCGGGGGAGGCGCCAGACCCUGAGAUCCGACGGAGGAUAGAGGAGCUAGCGGCGCGCGAUGACUUCCAGACGGAAGAGGGGCAAAGGCAGUUGCGAGAGCUGGUGUCCGAAGUUGUGGGCGACAUGAGCUCGGAUCAAGCGGGCCGCAGCGUGAGGAGGAGAGUUGAUUGAGAAUGAAAUGAGGCUCUUGGCGGAACCGUAACCGCCUGAUUGCCACUAUCCCGAGUGAACCGCCGGUAUGCCAAGUAUACCACGGGCUUCAGGAACUCCGAGUCUCCUGAAUAACACAAGGGCUAAUCGUGGGUGUCUGUAAAACCCUCGACUACCGUUGGGCUGGGAAGUCAUUCCUCCCCUGCCACCAGACGUCCGAUCGCUCGCAACGGCAAUCAGACGCUCAUCACCAUGCCGUACUCUCACCUAUGGGUAGUGCAUAUGUUCUGAUGAAGGUAGCAUAUACUUUCCUAUCAAAAUCCAGUUACAAGUCAAUAGGACGAUUCGAUGCUACCGGCCAAGGCCGGAACACCGAACAGCCACUCCACUGCAUUCCCC